AUGCUGCUAUUCACUAUCAUCGAUCAAAUGUUCCCGCCCAAGGCGAAGUGGACGCCGAAGGACAUACCUGCAUUGGACGGGAAGGUUUUCAUCGUGACAGGUGGCAAUACAGGCAUCGGAAAGGAGACGUGCAAACAGCUUCUGCUGCACGGAGCCGAAGUUUGGCUGAGCGCGCGUUCUGAGACCAAGGCUGAUGCAGCAAUUGCUGACCUCGAGCGCGAAACUGGACGGCGCGCACAGUUCCUGCAGAUGGAUCUCGGGGACUUGCCCAACGUCAAGAAGGCAGUCGAGGAGUUCAAAUCCAAGCAGACCCGCCUGGAUGCUUUGAUUGCCAACGCCGGCGUCAUGAUACCACCGAUUGAGCAGUUGACCGCACAAGGCUAUGACUUGCAGUUCGGCACGAACGUUCUAGGUCAUUUCCUACUCAUCGAGCUGCUCUUGCCCCUCCUUCGCUCAACCGCAACCUCUGCGCAAGACUCGUCGUACCGCACCCGAAUCGUCUGGGUCUCGUCGUCUGCACCGUAUUAUUUCAAUCCUCCAAUUCGGUACGACACCCUCACCGACACGCGCCAGCGCAAGAAACUAGGGACCAUGCAGCUGUAUGCUCAAAGCAAAAUGGCGACUUGUAUGCUGACAUUCAAGCUCGCAAAACUCCUUGAGGGAGAUUAUGGCGCCAAUGGACGGGUCAUCGCACAUGUCGUUGAUCCCGGAACCAUUCGGACAGAUCUCCAGCGUCACACGAACCGCAUCCAGCUUCUCUUGGUCGGAUGGCUUCUUUUCCCGACGCCCAUGGGUGCCUAUUCACAACUCUACGCCGCUACGAGCCCGAAGGCGGGAGAGGAGAACGGGAAGUACUAUUAUCCGUGGGCGAGGACUACCAAAACCGCAAAGGAAGCGUACAAGACGAACGAGCAGGACAAGGUCUGGGACUGGUGCGAAGAGCAGAUCAAGCCGUUUCUUUGA